AUGGGUCUCACAUUCCAACUGAUAUCGACUUUGUUCUGCCUGUUAGCAUGUACCAGUGAUGUUGUCCAAGGAGAGAAAAGGAUCUGCCAAAGCUCUGUUAGAGAGAUCAUCUACACUGCACACUCUCUCACUGAGAAAAAGUUUCCCUGCCUUGACAUGGAAGUGCCAGACAUCUUUGAGGAUACAAAGAAUUCCAGUAUUCCAAAGUUGUUACCUAAGGAGUCAUCAUGCUCUCAGCUGGUCAAGACAAUGAAUGACUUUGAAACAUUAUGCAGAGCUGUGGCUGUGCUCCAACAGGUCUCCAGCAACUGCCCACUUUCUCAGCUAAACAUCAUUCGUAGGAACCUAAUGCUAUUAGUGAAUAAGACCAAAUGUCCUGUGACUGACACCAAGAUUACUAAAUUGCAAGAUUUCCUGAGCAAACUAGAAACCAUCAAUCAGAAGAUAUUUCAGAAAGCAGUUUUAGAAGAUAAAUCUUAA